AUGGUGAACAUGAUGGAAUGGCAGAAACAAGUUCAGCACGGGAAUGUCGACGCGAUGUAUGUCAAAGUCAUGACCGAUGAACAACUCGAAACUCUCCGGAAACAAAUUGCUGUUUAUGCAACAAUCUGUGAACAACUUGUUGAGAUGCAUAAAACACUCUCUGCUCAACAAGAUCUUGCAGGGGUUAGGCUGGGAAAUAUAUACUGUGAUCCAUUGAUGACAUCUGGUCAUAAGAUCACAUCAAGACAGAGGUGGACUCCUACACAGGAUCAGCUCCAGAUUCUCGAACGCAUAUUUGAUCAGGGAAAUGGAACUCCAAGCAAAGAAAAGAUCAAGGAAAUUGCUACUGAACUAAGCCAGCAUGGUCAAAUAUCUGAAACAAAUGUUUAUAACUGGUUCCAAAAUAGGCGUGCUAGAUCGAAAAGAAAAAUGCAAAACGGGGGAACUAGUAACACUGAAUCAGAGGUAGAGACUGAGGUUGAUUCCAAAGAUAAGAAGACAAAACCAGAGGAGUUUCAGUCUCAUCAAAAUGUUGCUGCAGGGGAUGAAAAUUUGUGCUUCCAGAACCCUGAAAAAGGAUCUGAAUUGCAGUACUUGAAUCCAGAUUCUAACAAAACAUAUUCAAUCUUUCAAUCGGAUGGUAGCAUAAGAUCUACAAGAAAUUUGAACGGUGCGUCUCUUUAUGAUGAAGUGCUAUCAAACUCAAGGAAUGAUUAUCUAGCAGGAAAAAUGGAAGUAUCUGGGAACUACAAUUUAUACCAGCAAACAGAUGACUAUAAUUUGGCAGGUUGA